AUGGCAUCCUCAUCUCAUAUUGAAAUACAAGAUGAAGAAGCUAAUUCAUUAUUUAUGCUUGGUAAACGAGAUGUUUUAUUACAUAAUUAUCAAUCAGCAUGUGAUCAUUUAUCAAAAGCAUGUGAACGAAUUGUAACAUUACGUGAAAGUGAUACAACAAUUGAACUUGCUGAACCAUAUUUUUAUUAUGGUCAAGCAUUACUUUAUCUUGGUCUUAAUGAACAACAAGUAUUUGGUAGUGAUAUUGUUAAAGAUGAAAAUAAUGAUGAAAAUGAAAAUGAAGAUGAUGAUGAUGAUGAUGAAUCAAUUCCAGAUGAUGAACAUGUUAAUGAUCUUGAACGUGCAUUUGAAAUUUUUGAAUGUGCACAUAUGAUUUAUUCAAAAAUAUUAGAAACUGAAUUAAAUAAUAUACAUAUAAUAACACGUUUAGGUGAUAUACAUGUUAUGCUUUCUGAUAUAUGUAAUGAAAAUGGUGAUCAUGAAAAUGCUCUUUUACAUGUACUUAAAGCAAUUGAAUUACAAGAAACACUUAAUGAACAACAACGUUAUCGUUUACUUGCUGAAAGUUAUUAUAAAUUAGGUUUAAUAUAUGAAUUAAUUAAUAAAUAUUCUGAAGCUAUUGAAAAUUUUGAUAAAUCUAUAAAUAUUAUACGUCAAGCUAUUGAAAAACUAAUAGAUAAUGAUAAAGAAAGUGAACGUAAUGAACUUACAUCACUUUUACCAUCUAUUGAACUUAAACGUAAUGAUGUACAAACAUCAAUUGAUGAUAAACAUUUAAUUGAACAAGCAAAAAAUCUUCUUACAAGUACAACAAGUCAUACAACUGAUAAUAGUACAACAAUAGAUACAUCAGUAAAAGAUAUAACAUUAACAAUUCGACAUAAACGACCAGUAGAUGAAUUAGAAAAAAAUGAUGAAGAAAAUAAAAAAUCUAAAACUGAAGAAAAUUAA